CGUCGUUCGAAAGGAAGCCGAAAUAUCAUGGCGCAGACGAACAGAGAGUUGAAUGUGAACAAUUCUGAAAAUCAGCCGCUGUUACGAGAUCAAGACGAUGAACUGAUUGAACCUCCUGCUGAAAACGCUCCCACUACUUCACAUUCGGUAGUGAGUGCCCCACCACCGUACCCUGAUGAACCCCCUCCAUACACCCCAUCAUCCUUUUGCAACACUGAUCCCACGAUUGUCUGCAGAGUCUGCCAAAACUUAAUACCAGUUCUAGGCAGAGAAAAUCAAAGAGUGAUCAAAUGCUCCAAUUGUCAGGAAGCAACUCCAAUAAAGCCACCCCCAGAAGGGAAGAAGUACAUCAGAUGUCCAUGCAAUGCUUUGCUGACAUGCAAAGUCACAUCAACAAGAAUUUCUUGCCCUCGAACUGAUUGCAAGCGCAUUAUCACUGUUGGAUCAACAGUACCAAGCACCUCGCAUGUUGUCAACAGUCCCAACUUUCACCGUGAAAUAAUAGUUCGUGUCAGCUGCGGUCACUGCAAUGAAACAUUUAUUUUUCGAAAUACAGCUCAUCUUGCUCGUUGUCCUCACUGUCACAGGGUUUCCUCAGUUGGCUCGACGUUUGCACGCAACAGGGCAUUAAUAUUUGCUAUGAUUGGCUUCCUCUUCUUGGCCGUUGGUAUUGGUGUGACGGUUGCCACAUUGGAAAUGGCUACAAAGAAAGGAGGUAUCUAUGUUAUUUGGGUUGGAGCGUUCAUCGCAGGCAUCCUGAAUCUAAUUCGUAGUUGCUACUAUUGUACAAUGACUGUGAGUCACAUUGAAGGAACAGCUUAAACAAAGAUCGACGUGUUUAUUUUGUGAAAGGAAUCGCGAAGACCGACUGUCGUGUUUUUUAUGUGUUUUAUACAAGUCGUGAAGACAUGUGUUUUUAAUUAAUAUAGUUUUUUUGGGUUGAACUCGUGUUUUUCAUAGCUUGCACAAGCUCAGAUCAUCGAAAACUGUAGGAAGUUCAAGAGGCGACAAUUUUUCAAAGAUGUACAAAUCAUUGGCGAAGCAAUCUGUGACUAAACCCUCGAUGCUUUAGAAAUCCUAUCCCCGAGUUCGUAUGUUGUGUCUAAGUAUUUCAAUAAUAAAUCAAAUUUCUUAGUUACUGUUAAAUAUGCAGUAAAAAUUCAAUUAAACAUGAAGAUAACGCA